AUGUCGUUCAGAGAUUUGGAGGGUCAGUUAGCUCGUUGGGCGGAGAGGCUUCAGCAGUAUGAUUUUGAGGUAGUGCAUCGGUAUUGCUCGAGACUGGAGGUGAGGGAUGCUUUGGAACAAGAGGAGCAGGUGGCUCGUAUAGUUUUGGAAGAGGAUGUUUCUGGGGAGUGGCAAAAAGAUCAAUUGGGAGAUCAGGCUGUGUCGAUUGUUUUGCUGGAAAAGGAGAGGGAUAAACGCCCUUCGUGGGAAGAGAUCUUUAAUGCUGGCGUGCCUUUUGAGAGAGUACAGAUGGACAUUCUGUGUCCUUUUCCGGCGUCUUCUUCGGGGAAUAGAUAUCUUCUUGUGGUUGUAGAUUGCUUUACCAAAUGGGUGGAGGCUUUCUCUUUGAAGAAUGUUAGAGCGUCGACCUUUGCGGAAGUUUUUGUUAGUCAAGUGGUCUCCAGGUUUGGUGUGCCGUUGGAAUUGCAUACGGAUCAGGGGAAGAAUUUUGAGUCUCGACUUUUUCAGGAGCUGUCGUGGUUGUUAGGGAUAAAAAAGACGAGGACUACUGCUUUUCAUCCGCAGUUUGAUGGAUCUUCUAGGCAUGAGGCUACGGGAGUUACUCCGGCUGAGUUGAAUUUCGGUCGGGAUCUGCGCCUGCCAUUAGAUUUGUUGCGGGGUGCUCCGCCGAAUUAUUGUUCGGAUUCUCCGGAGGAUUAUAUUUGGAAAUUGGGGGAGAAGUUAGAGGAAAUUCAUCAGGAUGUUAGGGAGCGGAGUAAGGGUAAAGCUCCUAAAUUGCAGAAAAAUUGGGAAGGGCCGUUUUUAGUGGUGAAAAAGUUGAGUGACGUAGUGUAUUGCAUACGUCGCUCAAAUAGGCAUAAGUGUAAGGUUGUGCAUGCUGACAGGUUGGCGUUGUUUUGUGAACGAUUGGAACACACAUCGGAAACCCGUUAA